CCCUUCCGCCGCGGCCCGUGCGCCGGGGAGCCCGGAGACCCCCCGUGCGGAGGGGGAGGGCGGCGGGAUGUUCGGCGGCGGCGGCGGCGAGGCGGACGCCGCCCAGCAGCACAGCAAGCUGCCGCGAUGGCGCAGAUGCAGCAGCUGCUGGAGUCGCAGAAGACUCUGGCCAGGAGGGGGCUGACCUCGAAGUGCUUCGACGCCUGCGUCUCGAGCCCCGGCAAGGCCCUCUUCGACAGCCAGCAGGUCUGCGUCUGGAGGUGCGCUCAGAGAUACAUGGAAACCCAGCACUUCAUCAAGACACGGAUGGAUGACAAGAUUGAGUCUGGCACCUGGAAACCACCGACGGUGGACUUGCAGUAG